ACAACCCCAUAGCUAACAUCCUCAACAUUCAACAACCACCACCAAAGUCUUUGGAAAAUCAAGAAAUGGAGAUGAUAAUGUCGUCGAUCAUGGCGGCAUUCGACGAAGCUCUCUCUCUAACACACGACUACGCCCACGCAGACGAGGCCAUCCAAAUCCAGCAAGCUCUGCACGCCUCUCUCUCCUCCUCUUCUCAGACGCUCUCAUGCGAGAUCUGCACCGAAGACAAGCAGGCUUCCGACAUGCUCGACCUCGACGGCUGCCGCCACUCCUUCUGCGCCGCCUGCAUAUCGAAGCACGUGCAGUACAAGCUCCGCGACAACGUCACCGCCGUCUCCUGCCCCGCGCAGGGCUGCCGCAGCGCCAUCCAGCCCGCCGCGCUGAGGCCCCACGUGGCGGCGGAGGUCCUGGACCGGUGGGAGGAGGCGGUGGCGGAGUCGUCCAUCGAGGCGUCGCAGAGAGUGCGGUGCCCCUACGGCGGGUGCUCGGAGGUUCUGGUGAACGAGGGCGGAGACGCGGUGGCGGAGUGCGAGUGCCCCUGGUGCCAUAGGUUGUUCUGCGCGAGGUGCGGGGUGCCGUGGCAUCAGGGUCGCGGCUGUAGGGAGUUUAGGAGAGAGAGAGGCGGGAAGAGAGAGAAGGAGGGGCUGAGGAGGUUGGCGGAGGAGAAGAAGUGGAAGAAGUGCCCUAAUUGUAAGGUGUUUGUCGACAAGACGGAGGGCUGUAUUCACAUCACUUGCAGGUGUAAACUUGAGUUCUGCUAUGCAUGUGGAGAGAAUUGGAAUGAAUCCCACUGGACUACGUGCCAAGAAUAGUGUAAAUUAAUAAACGUUGGUUGUAUAUUUGAUAGAAUGAUAUAGAAUAUUAGAUGAAAUAGGAUAACAAAAGUAGAUGAGUAGUCUAUAGCUAGAUCUAUGGUGAAUAGAUCCAACAAAAAAAAAAAACACAAACAAAAAAAAAACAAAAAGAA